CUAUUCUUGCCUUGACGUUCCUUAAUCUCACCCACAUCUCGCAAUGAAUGUCCCUCCGGGCGAUGCUCGAACCCUCAAUCCGUGACGGCGGUCUCGCGAAAGUGCCGGAACAUGUCGUGCGCAUCGCGGCGAGCAGAUGCUGCACCGCAAAAUGCGUCUAUCUGUCGAUCUGCCUACACACAAUAUACCGGAUAGCGGGUAUCUCUCUAGCCGACUCGCCACGUAUGUCGUAAUGAAUGUCUCUUUGUGACGGCGAUCGAGCUGGUUCAUGGUAUCGGCUACCCGGAGGACAGAGGAAGGACUGCAUGACGCGUAUAUCACCCUUGACUUGGAAAGACUUGGCCACGGUUUUUCAUGGCAUCCGGUGCUUUCAUCGCUCCUAAUCGACAUCUUCUGCAUAUCUGCGAUCUCAACGCGCUUCAUCAGGCUUAAACUGUCGUCUUCGUACCCGGGUUGCGGCGAAUCUUCGGCGCGCCCUCCUCUGAGGCCGUAUACUUCGCGUUUGUGUCAACCAACCCUUCGCUCCCGCCGUUUCGUCUGUCCAAAAGUUUGGACGAUUUGGCGCGGCAUUUGAUCUACGCGGGGAAGUUGCCACACGGUUGCAAUCGCCUUUCGGCGACUCGGCGACCUCUUUGUGUCCGGUCACCAAGGACUACAUGCUCUGGUCCUGUCCUGGCCGGGGCCGGCGCGUAGCUAUUUGCACGUACACCAUCAUACUCUGCCUUCGAAGCGCUUGGUCCCGCGUCUCCGCGUCUCGAUCGUUGGCUGUCUAGGACUAGCGUGUGCUGCUGCCGCGACCGUACCCUAGCAGUCAACUCGCCCCGGCGUUGUCAUCUCAGUGGCGUUCAAGUCCACCGAUCCGCCGCCGCACUCCUGGGCGCCGUAUCAGCAUAGUGCCACCUCU